CUUAGGGAUUGGUCGGCUCGUUCUCCUCGUCCCACCCUCCCAGGAACUUCCGCUUCCGGUUCUGUCCGACUCUCGGCUGUAAAGAUGAUCGGGGAUAUCCUGCUGUUCGGGACGCUGCUGAUGAAUGCUGGGGCGGUGCUCAACUUUAAGCUGAAGAAGAAGGACACGCAGGGCUUUGGGGAGGAAUCCAGGGAGCCCAGCACAGGUGACAACAUCCGAGAAUUCCUACUGAGCCUCAGAUAUUUUCGAAUUUUCAUCGCCCUGUGGAAUGUCUUCAUGAUGUUCUGCAUGAUCGUGUUGUUCGGAUCUUGAACUUUAGGUGCAAAACCCAGGAACUCACCUUGCUGGAUGCUGAAUCUUCAUUCCUCUAUUGCUGAUGACUUCUAGAAUGUUUUUGACCCGGAAACCGAUGACCUUCCUAGAAAACCCAGGCUUGUGGUGGGUGGAAAAACAUUUGCAAAGAUGUACACAGUUUGCCAGCCACAUCAUUGUUUUCAAAGAUGUUUUCACUUUUGUCUCCAAAUUGGGAGUGCUGUGUCCUGGAGGGGUUUCAGGAGGGCUUAUCGAAGGGGCUGUGAUAAAAUUGCAUUCCCCUUAGAUAAAAGAAUAUGAUGAGAUCCUUGCAUAAUAUUGGAACUCCCCCUGUGCCACGCUUUCAUAAGAAAACUGUUUCUGUUAAAUCUUGGUUUAUUUUUAAUAACCAUCCUUUUGGUUAGAAUAAUACAAAUUUUAAGAAAAUCAUUUGUAUCCAGGGAUAUGAGCAGAAGGCUUGGCUUUUAAGUUAAACAUAGCCUUGUUUUGGGACAGCGUUUAUAAAAAACGACAUUCCGUGUUGCUUGCUGAGUCUGGCAGCAUCUGGGCCCAGCCAGGGAGGGUCUUUGAGUCCAAGUUCCUUCCCCAUCUGGACCGGAUCUGUACGGCCACUCUUUGUAGCUAGCACCAUGCCCAGGACUUUAAGGAACGGGUUAUCGGUUUCUUUGAAACUGGCCUUCCUGUUUAGACACUAGACAGCAAGAGGGAUGAGAUAGUUAUGGGUGAAGCAUUACUGAUUUCCGCAGAAGAGGAGUUCAGAACAGAUGGCAGGGCAUGCAGAAGUGAUAGGAAAAAUUUUGCUUUGUCUUGAAGCUCUUUGUUAAAUAAAGUAACUCUGGAGGCCAUUAAUUGUAGUCACAAGAAUGAGAGUGAUUUUAUUAUGUGGUGAUAUUGGGACCAUGUACUGAAAGCCUGCAUUUCUGAGUCAGUGUUGAUAAAUAGGAAAUAACAGCAUUUUCCCAAAAGUUUCUUUGUUUUUUUAUUAUUUUGAGACAGAGUCUCACUUUGUCGCCCUAGGUAGAGUGCUGUGGUGUCAUAGCUCACAGCUACCUCAGACUCUUGGGCUCAAGCAAUUCUCUUGGCUCAGCCUCCAGAAUAGCUGGGACUACAGGCACCCGCCACAAUGCCUGGCUAUUUUUAGAGACAGGGUCUUGCUCAGGCUGGUCUUGAACUUGUGACCCCGGGUGAUCCGCCUGCCUUGGCCUCCCAGAGUCCUGGGAUUACAGGCAUGAGCCACUGCGCUCGGCCCAGAAGUUUCUUUGAAAGGAAUUCCUGGUUUCAUUGCCUAAAUGAAAUGUCAGUGCUACAUCUCACAGCUGUGUGAUUUGUUGUGGUUUUGAAAAUCCUGACUUGUAGGUAAACCUGGAGGGAGAAAAAGGUAAAUACACAGGCUUUUGACAGUAAGUAACCUUGAAAAUAAAACUCAUUUCUGAAAAAAA